GUUUAUUGCCUGUUUGUGUGCGUCACACCACAGCUGACUUCUCUCACCACAUCUCUUUAUUAUUUAUACAGACAUACGCUGAGCUGUGUAUAUGAGAACAUACUGAUAGAGCAAAUUUAAUUCUCAUUAUAAUCCCUGAAAAUAGUUCUACCUGUAAUUAUUAAAUUUUCUCAAAUGCAAAACAAGAAAAAUUCAGACACCUUGGAUUUUGUUAAAGUAAAUCACAUAAACAAAUUGAAGGGGCAAAAUGUCAUUACUGGUGACCUUCGUGGUUGGGAUUCCUUAACGUUUUAUGCCCUGCAGUGCAAAGGCAAGAAAAUAACUGGUUCUGCCAGAGAUAACAAGGCAGCCAGGGAAUUGUGCCCAAUCUGGCUGCCCAGUGAAACCUUUUUUUCUGACAGUCCACUUUUUCAAAGGUGCUCCAGUGUGAUCCAUUACCCAUAAUGCUUGCUGACAGAGCUGGUUGUAAACCCUGAUAUUUGGAAUGCAGAGCUCUGUCGCUAUAACAUGUCCGAAUAAUGGAGAGGAAAAAAACGAGCAUCUGUGGUAUAAAUAUGUAACGAUAACCUCAGCGGGGGCUACAGAAUCGGGGAUGAUUUUGCAAAAUGAUGAUAUGGCGCUUAAGUACUAAAUAUACUCUCUUCCUCCAAAUUUCUUUCUUUACCAUUUUUUGCCAGAAUUGCGAGUGAAUCACUGACACAUGACACGAUGAUUAAAUGGCAUUUAGUUCCAAUGUCGGGGAAGUUACUCACAAAAGUAAUCCAUUACAGACAGAGGAGGAAAGUUUGGGUCCAAAAAGUACACAUCCAGACCAAGCUUUUGUUUCAGCCAAGCAGUUGAGUACUGUGACUGUGACUCUUCAAUCAUUGUGCCAUGUGUCAGUGAUUCACGUGCAAUUCUGGCAAAUUCACCAUGUCAGCAGCUGAGAAGAGGCUUCAACCACCCAAGAGAAAACUGAAGUGUUACGCUUGAUUGACGGUAAAGAACGAAAUUUGGAGGAAGAGAGUAAGAAAGGGGCUCUAUGUUUGUCAAAGAAACAAAGCAGAAGUGAAAGUAAAUGACGGGGGAACAGAUGUGUCAUGUGUGACAUCGUCCCCUCACAAGGUGGGAUGACAGACCCACACGGCCGUCCGUAACAAGCAGUACAGUGCGGGUCCCAGAAAGGUGAGUGAAGCCGACGCCGCGAGGAGGCGGGAUCUCCGGGGUGACAUCACUGCCGGGUUGAAGGUCGGAGGUCAAGGCCUGAUCAGCAGCCCCACCCUGACGAAUAAACCAUUCUGGAUGGAGAUGGUCUGCUGUCACAACACUGCAAGGAAAUGAGGCUUGGUUUCUUCUCUCUCUCUCUCUCUCUCUCUCGCUCGCUCGCUUUCCUCUUGCAGUUCUCCUUAUUCCUUUCCCGGAGUGGAUGACCGAGCCGCGUUCUUGUGUUGGACGUACUGCCAUUGACCACGGUUCCUCAGGGAUAUCGAGGCCACGCCCUGCCUUUGCAGACCACCCACAAUGCAGGCGGUCGGGAUAGGCCUGGGACUUGAGCUACCCCCCACCCUUGACCCAGAGGGUCCAUCCUACUUUAACCUGGGCCUGACUGCAGCCUACAUGACCUUCUACUCGCUGAUCUUCAUCUUCGUCUACAUCCAGCUGUGGCUGGUACUACGAUACGGGCACAAGCGGCUCAGCUGCCAGACUGCCUUCCUGUCGCUGUGUCUCCUGUGGGCCUCCCUGCGUGCCGUGCUCCUCUCCUUCUCCUUGGGAGGCCCGGGGGCGGCGGCCACGCUGGACCCAUUCACCUUCUGGCUCCUGCACUGCUUCCCCACAUGCCUGCAGUUCUUCACGCUCAGCCUCAUGAACGUCUACUUCACCCAGGUGGUCUUCAAGGCAAGGUCCAAGUAUGUCCCAGAGCUCCUUAAGUACAGGCCCCCGCUGUACAUGGCCAUCCUAUUGGCCGACCUGUUCUUCCUGGUCGUGAACCUGACCUGCACUCUGCUGAUGAAGAUGACUGAAACAGACCCAAAGACCACUGCAUUGGUGCGUGUGGCUGUUAAUGACACCCUCUUUGUGCUCUGCGCACUCUCUCUCUCCCUGUGUCUCUGCAAAAUAAGUAAGAUGUCCCUGGCCAACACCUACCUGGAGUCCAAGGGAACGUCAGUCUGUCAGGUGACCGUGACUGCAGCCACCGUGGUCAUAUUGUACACCUCGCGAUCCUGCUACAACCUGGUGAUCCUGACACUCACCAGUGUCGGAAGCAUCAGCUUCGCCGACUCUGACUUUUACGACGUAUCUAACCAGGAGAGCCUGCAGACCACUUUAGGGGACAAGAGCUACAUCGUGUUUGGGGUGAUUCUGUUUGCGUGGGAGCUCCUACCCGCGUCCCUGAUGGUCUUUUUCUUCCGAGUGCGGCGGCCAGCACAAGAGAGGAGUGGACCUAGUCUUCCCGGACAUGGUUUUUCCUCCAGAGCCUAUUUCUUUGACAACCCGCGGAGAUACGACAGCGACGACAACCUGUUGUGGAACACAUUCCCUCACGAUGUCCGGGCCAGCUUCGUUGCAGGUUAUGACCGGAAUGGCCUCAACAACAGCUUCAUAAACUACUUCGGCAAUGAGGGGCUGCAUUCAUCCACUGCACAGGGGGCGCUAAAUCCUUACUGAUACACCUACAGCAGCACCACAGCCCUGCACCGGCGCCUGUCACCCCUCUGACCCGACGGCAGCUCCGCCUCUUGCUGUGCAUCAGGCCAAUCCCACCGCACCAAGAUGUGUGGUCUCAGCGCCCUUGUACGGAACUCUCCCUGGCGAGAUUCGGUGAACGUCAAUAGCCUCUGUUGUAGCGGGAUGGGUAACUGGGUAAGUGAGUUAGAGUUAAUGCUCAUGUCUGGAAGGUUGUGGGUUGGAAAAAAAAACAAGUAUCACUAAAUAUAAAUAAUGUUUCCUUGGCGGUUUGAUGAGGCACAGCCGAGACCUUAACCAGGUCUGCCGAGGUCUGUCAGUGACAUGACAACAAGCUAAGUGUGGCCUACAGAGAAACUGGUGAUUUUGAUCCUCCCUGUGACGCACAUGACCAUCCUGCAGAGCUGAGUGGCCCAUGGAAGAUGCUGCGCCAAUAAAAGUUAGCCAACACUGUGUCAGUACAUAUAGGACUUGCUAGCAAGAAGUUGCAAAGAAGAACACCUUAUCUAAAUAUCGCAUUCAAAUACUGCUGCUGUGUAUGUGAUACAGUUGAUGAUAUAUUGUUAAAUUUUGCACCCCGUGGUUUUUAAAAAGAAAUAUAAAUCCAGAUUGAGGCAAAGAAUAAUUCUCACCAUGUAUUUGAAUGUUCACUGUUCCACUUGUGAAAGUAUGUGGGGGGG